AUGGGUUUUCCAGUGGGUUACACGGAAGUUUUCCUUCCCAAACUCUUCAUACACACACUUUCCCUUCUGGGUUUCAUCAGAACUCUCAUUUUCUCUCUCUUCCGCUUUCUGGGUCUCUCAGAUUUCCUCGAACCAGACGUUUCCUUCCUAGAAAACACGACCCAAAGACCUGAAAACCCCCCUCUAUCCGCAAUCCUGAUCCGGGAAAUCUUACCGGUGGUGAAAUUCGAGGAUCUCACAGACGCAGGAGCCGGAGAUCUGCCGGAAAGUUGUGCGGUUUGUCUCUAUGAGUUUGAGUGUGGGGAAGAGAUCAGAUGGCUGACGAAUUGCAAGCACAUUUUCCAUCGGGCUUGUUUGGACCGUUGGAUGGACCAUGAUCAGCAGACUUGUCCUCUUUGUAGGACCCCUUUUGUACCACAUGAUUUGCGAGAUGAGUUCAAUCAACGGCUAUGGGCUGCCUCUGGUAUUUCUCAAGACUUCUAUGGUUAUGAGGAUCAAAUGAAGUGGGUGGUUGAAGUUUAUCAGGCUGUGGAGCUGGUGGUGGAUUUGAUUGAAUUGAAUUGGGAGACUGAAGACAGGGUACUAGUGUUUUUUGGCGUUUGGCUGGUUGGUGAAGACUUACAGCGGAGUAGCGUAAAACAUGAGACUGAUGGAGUUUGUUAAACAACAAUGUUUGGUGCAAGCAGAAAAAUCAUAACCGAUUUCAUUCGAG